AUGGAACAGAAUAGUACUAUGUAUAACCUUCGAGAAGAAUAAAAACAGAUAAUAAUUAAGAUUCAGAAUAUGACUCAUAAAAAGAUGAAGUUUACAAUAAUAAAAUAAAUAAAAGUGCAUUUUUAGAUGAGGAUGACAACGAUUUAAAUUUAAAAAAUAACAAUAGCACCUUUUUACCACAUUUCCCAACUUCAAAGAGCAAUAAAAGUAAUCCAUCUGAGUUUUCAGGGGUCAAAAAGCUUAGGAGCUAAAGCAAUCACAUAAAUGGCCUGCCAUUUUAUUAGAAUCCAGCAGCAAAUCCUCUAAGCGUUAAAAGAAGCCUUGAUUAUAACAAGCUUCCAAAAAACAAUUUUCUUUACAAUACACCUGCAAGAAGCAACAAAAAAUACGAUUAAACUUAAUCAGUUUUGUUACCUAAAUUAAAUACAUGGAAGGUAGAAAUUUAAAAACCAAGUUAGGCAGACCUACAUUCAGAAUAAGAAAGUUCUACUUAGGUAAAUGGUGUCCCUGAAAAAGGAGUGCUAAAAAUACAAAGAGAAGAAGAUGGUUCAGAGUAUUUUGUAAUAAACAGUAAUAGCAAUUCGUAAGAGAAGCUAAAUUUAAAAGUGA